GACAUUUAUCAAACGUGCAUAAAGGUACGUGUUGAGCAAAUUUUAUAUUAUUGCACAUUCAACGCCUGAGGAUGGGUAGGAUUGGCGCUAUGGUCGGUUUCAUUUUAAGUGUUUUCCUGGUUUCAACUGUGGUUGUAGCUGAAUCGCCUCCAGCUGUCGGUUGUGGCAAACCUCCUCCGUGUCCCGAAAAUGAGGUUCGUCGCUGUCAAUACCCCUGCCCACCGGACAGUUGCUUCACCUUAUAUGCGGCUGUUGACUGCAUCGCCAACCAAACUUGUGUUAACGGCUGUUACUGCAAGAGCGAUUAUUUGAGGAUUGGCCGCACUGGUCCAUGCGUACCCAGAGACCAGUGUCCUCCACUUGAAUGUGUCAACGAUCCCAACGCUCGACGAGGUUGUGGAGAAAAAUGUGGCAACACAUGCGCCGACUACAACUCUAAUCCAAUUUGCCCCAAACGACCAUGCAGAAACGAUGGAUGUGACUGCAAAGAGGGAUAUGUUUAUGAUAAGAAUCAAGAGAAGUGUGUUCUUCCUAAGGACUGCACAAAACCAUGUGAAGCUCACGAAAGAUGGUCGCCUUGCCUGAUGGGCGAGUGUGUACCUAAAACGUGCGAUGAUUUGGGCAAACCACUGAAAUGUCCAGCCGAUGCAGUGGAUCCUUGCCCCGGUGGUUGUAUUUGUGACUACGGGUAUGUGAGGGCUAAAAAUGGUACCUGCAUAGAUGCCAAGACUUGCCCCAGCUGCGGUGGAGACCCUAAUGCAGAAACCGGCUGUGGAAACCCUUGUGGAAAGACCUGUGCAAGCCGAAAUAAAACUGAUAUAAUGUGUCCCCAAUACUGUGAAGUCAAUGGCUGCGACUGCAAAAAAGGAUAUCUUCUGGAUGACGAAGCAAAACCACCAAGAUGUGUUCUUGUUGAAGAUUGUCCUAAGCAAUGCGGACAGAACGAAGAAUUCUACUGCGGACCAUCUUGCGGGCCGGACUAUGAAGCUUCUUGCUCUAACCCCAACCCGCCUAUUUGCAUCAACAAGCGAUGUGAAUUCAAAUGCUUUUGCAAGAAAGGCUUCGUAAGGGAUGACAAUAACGGCAACGUUUGUGUACCUGCUGAUAAAUGUCCUAGAAACUGCACAAAAAAACACGAAGUAUACAUCGAUUGUUUAGCUGGCCAGUGCCUUCCGAAAAAGUGCGAUGAUCUAGGCAAGUCGCUCUCGUGUCCGCGCAUCCAUCCCUGUCCUGGCGGUUGCAUAUGCGAAAAAGGAUACUUGAGAGACGUUGAUGGAAAUUGUAUUAAAAUUGAAAACUGCCCUCCGAAACCCUGUGGAGAGAAUCAAACGUGGCUGUCCCCUUGCAACUGGCCUUGUCCUUAUCCUCGUUGUCCAAGAAAUGACAAGCCGCCACCGCCGUGUGAGAAAAUAGAACCAUGCUAUCCAGGGUGUCAGUGUAAAUUAAAUUAUUUGAGAAACUCAACUGGGUACUGCAUACUCGCUCCGGAAUGUCCUCCAGUGAACUGUACUCGGCCAAAUGAAGUGUGGGAUAGUUGCCCCUCAGCAUGCCUGGCUGAAAACUGUGAAGACGUCAACAACCAGCCUACUACCUGCAAUACUCUCAUUUGGCUGUGCUCACCUAGGUGUGUUUGUAAGAAGGGACACUUUAAAAACAAAGAUGGCUUAUGCAUUCCUGCUGCACAAUGCCCAAAUUAUUGUAAAGAUCCCAACGCCUCGUGGAGAGAUUGCCGCGAUAUUUGCCCUGGCACUUGUCAAAAUCCAAAACCGAUAUGCAUCAGUAAAGUGGCGUGCAGACCUGGGUGCCAGUGUAAAAAAGGGUACGUUUUGAAUAAACCUGGUGAAGGUGGGAAAUGCAUCAAGCUUCAAAAAUGUUCAGUUUCAACGACCUCAACCACUACAACCACUCCCGCUCCGCCAAAAUGCAAAGCCAAUGAACAUUGGAUAGAUUGUUUAGUUGGCCAGUGUCAGCCGAAGACGUGCGAUGAGCUGAUAACACCUGCGCCAUGUCCUAGAGUCAUUCCUCCGUGUCCUGGUGGUUGUAUCUGCGAUGAUGGAUAUGUCUGGGACGCAACAGGAUGCUGUAUAAAGAAAGAAGACUGUCCUAAAGUUUGCAAAGGACAGAAUGAAGAAUACACCAACUGUGUAAACAAUCAAUGCACUCCAAGAACUUGUAAGGAGGUAGUCAAAAUGUCAUAUUGUCCGUCUUCUAAGCCAGGUAAAGGAUGUAAAGAAGGAUGCAAAUGCAAGAAUGGAUUCGUGAGGAGGAUAAUAGAACCUGUAUUGCCAUAAGUGACUGUCCCGAAGCUGGUACAUGCACAGAUAAAAACGAAGUCUGGGUACAAUGCGCAGUCAACUGUCCAAGGGACUUCUGCCCAAAGGAUGACCAGCCACAACCGAUAUGCUUUCUGCCUGUUGGCAUUUGCCACCCUGGGUGUAAAUGCAAGCCGGGCUUCAGGAUCUCUAAGAACAAUAAGUGUAUCCCAGCACGUGAUUGUCCACCAGUGAAGUGCACCCGACGUAACGAGGAGUACAAUUCUUGCCCCAAAAAUGGUAUAACCUCAUGUGCCCAGCUUGAUACAUCUCCUGCUGUGGUGCUGGUGAGGGCUGACCCACCGAUCUGCAACCCGGGAUGUGUUUGCAAAAAAGGCUUCUACAAGAACGAUAAUGGCACGUGUGUUACAAAAUGCGAGUGUCCUCCAACCUCCACAUCUGAUUAAGUGCCAUCCGUCAUUAUAGUUAAGACGAGGUACCUACAUAAUUUUAUAACCGGUUGACAAUUAUUUUCAAUUUCAAUAUUUUUUUGUCAUUCGUAUAAUAAAUAUCGAGUCAACGCUAGCACCAUUUAGAAAUCAGCAUUGUAUAAUCAUCAUGAUAUCAUUAUCAUAUCCAAUAAAUAGUUAAUGAAAUUC